GCCCUUUAGUUCACUACUAUAUCCCCAGACCUGGAACAGUCAGUGCCUGGCACUCAAUAAUUUUUUUUCUGAAUGGAUCAAUAUAUACCACGAGAAAGACUGAUCUCGCUCUUUUCUUCCCUAAUACAAAAUACUUGGAAACAACAGAAAAUUGCUGGCAGCCUCAGGGACCAAUGAGGAGCCUGUAAGAGGAGGGGAACCCUAAAGCAGCUUGAAGAGAGCCUGGAGGAGAGAGGCAUCUCAGAGCUCAAGCCAGCCUCCACUGGAGCCUCAGGAGAACUCUUCCUGACACUGUCCCCCUGGGGUCAAGCAGGACCCCUCCCCAGAAGUUGUAAUUAUUAUUAUGAUUAUAGCUUUGACUUUUUGACACCGUCCUGGUGCUUUCUAUAUGUAUCAAUUAUAAAUAAGUCCAGAGACUUAAAAGCAGCUUAGUCUUUCAACAGGAUCAUAGUAAGUUUAGAAAACACAUUUUAAGAGCCAAAAAGUAACUAAAGAACAUUUCAAGUGUUUUAUUAUAGUUCGUGGACACCAUGAGAGGGAUUCCUAGUCCAUAGCAACUCUUCUUAAUAUCCCUCUUUUGUACCCAUCAGCUUCCCUCACCACCACUCCCCCGGGCUUCUUCCAGAUGCCCCAGAACUCCUCUCCCUGAGCCUUAGUUUGGGUCAGCUAUCCUCCUCUCUCAUUGCCUUUCUUCUGAUCUCAAUCCCCAAAGUCCAGAAGGUCCGGGAAGGAAAAGGAAAAAAGCAAGUUGGCAGCAUCAGUGUAUUAAUAAUGUAUUAAUAAUGUUCUGUCCCAGCACAUACUUGGUUUCUCACACCAUGAGGUAAGUGUUGUUCUGACCACUCUGUAGAGGAGGAAACCAGCCCACCGAGGCUUGCCGGGAAGGCGGCUCAGGCCAGUCUCCACUGACACCUGUGUUCUAUCCAUUCUGCUGCGGUGGGCCAGAGUCAAGGAGACAGACACCACAUCUGCUUCAGCCAGCCAUCUCCCGUGAGGAGCCGACAGCCCGUGCCGGGACCCACCAGCAGUCCUUGGCCCCCAGCAGAAUGUCCAAGCCGGAUUUGAGUCAUUCUGUGCCUCCCUCCUCCUCACGGCCUAGUGUCACAGCAAAACUCAUCAAUGGAGGUGUGGCAGGGCUUGUUGGGGUGACCUGUGUGUUCCCCAUCGACUUGGCCAAGACUCGACUGCAGAACCAGCAUGGAAAAGACAUCUACAAAGGAAUGAUAGACUGCCUGAUGAAAACUGCUAGGGCAGAAGGCUUCUUGGGCAUGUACCGAGGAGCUGCAGUGAACUUAACCUUGGUCACUCCAGAGAAGGCCAUCAAGCUGGCAGCCAAUGACUUCUUCCGGCAGCUGCUAAUGGAGGAUGGGAUGCAGCGGAAUCUGAAGAUGGAGAUGCUAGCUGGAUGUGGAGCUGGAAUAUGCCAGGUGGUGGUUACCUGUCCCAUGGAAAUGCUCAAGAUUCAGCUGCAGGAUGCUGGGCGCUUGGCAGUUCAUCAUCAGGGCUUGGCCUCAGCACCUUCCUCCUCCAGGUCCUACACUACGGGUUCAGCUUCCGCCCACAAGCGCCCGUCUGCCAGCCUUAUCUCCCGGGAGCUACUCCGCACCCAGGGCCUGGCCGGUCUCUACAAGGGCCUGGGCGCCACUCUCCUCAGAGACAUCCCCUUCUCCAUCAUCUACUUCCCACUGUUUGCCAACCUUAACAACCUCGGGGUCACCGAGAGCACGGGGAAGGCUUCCUUCGCUCAUUCCUUCAUGUCAGGCUGUGCUGCGGGUUCCGUAGCCGCUGUCGCAGUAACACCUCUGGAUGUUUUGAAAACUCGAAUCCAAACCCUCAAAAAAGGCCUGGGUGAGGACAGCUACAGUGGGAUCACCGACUGUGCCAGGAAACUCUGGAUUCAGGAGGGACCGUCUGCCCUCAUGAAGGGAGCAGGCUGCCGGGCCCUUGUCAUAGCCCCUCUCUUUGGGAUUGCCCAAGGGGUCUACUUCAUCGGUAUUGGGGAGCGGAUCUUAAAGUGUUUCAAGUAGAGAUAGCUGGAGCCCAAGUCCCCUGCCAUCUCUCUAGCCCAUUCGACUUAGACUAGAGGGGGACGAGCAAGGUGG